AUGAUCCCAGUAGCUGAAUUCAAGCAAUUCACGGAGCAGCAGCCAGCCUUCAAAGUGUUGAAGCCAUGGUGGGAUGUGCUAGCAGAAUACAUCACAGUGGCCAUGCUCAUGAUUGGGGUCUUUGGCUGUACCCUACAGGUGACUCAGGACAAGAUCAUUUGUCUGCCUAGCCACGUGCCCCGGGAGAAUCUGUCGGAGACCCCGUGCGGGGAGCUGCCCCGGGGAAUCUCGGGGGACGCGGAGGACCUUCGGGAGCUCAGCGGCCUCAAGAACAACCUGGACUUGCAGCAGUACAGCUUCAUCAACCAGCUGUGCUACGAGACGGCCCUCCACUGGUACGCCAAGUACUUCCCCUACCUCGUGGUCAUCCACACCCUCAUCUUCAUGGUGUGCACCAGCUUCUGGUUCAAGUUCCCUGGAACCAGCUCCAAGAUCGAGCACUUCAUCUCCAUCCUGGGCAAAUGCUUCGACUCGCCGUGGACCACGCGGGCGCUGUCGGAGGUGUCCGGCGAGAACCACAAGGGCGCCUCGGGACGGGUGCCGGCCGCGGCCGUCGCCGGGGCGGGGAAGCCGGGCGAGUCGGAGAAGGCGCCGCCGGAGCCCGAGAAGGUGGUGAUGGAGCCCCCGGCCGUCACGCUGCUGGACAAAAAGGAGGGGGAGCAGGCCAAGGCCCUGUUUGAGAAGGUCAAGAAGUUCCGCGUGCACGUGGAGGAGGGCGACAUCCUGUACAGCAUGUACAUCCGCCAGACGGUGCUCAAGGUGUGCAAGUUCCUGGCCAUCCUCGUCUACAACGUGGUCUACGUGGAGAAGAUCCGCUUCCUGGUGGCGUGCCGCGUGGAGACGGCCGAGGUGACGGGCUACGCCAGCUUCUGCUGCAACCACACCAAGGCGCACCUCUUCGCCAAGCUGGCCUUCUGCUACAUCUCCUUCGUGUGCGUGUACGGCCUCACCUGCCUCUACACGCUCUACUGGCUCUUCCACCGGCCGCUCAAGGAGUACUCCUUCUGCUCGGUGCGCGAGGAGACCGGCAUGGGCGACAUCCCCGACGUCCGCAACGACUUCGCCUUCAUGCUGCACCUCAUCGACCAGUACGACUCGCUCUACUCCAAGCGCUUCGCCGUCUUCCUGUCCGAGGUCAGCGAGAGCCGCCUCAAGCAGCUCAACCUCAACCACGAGUGGACGCCCGAGAAGCUGCGGCAGAAGCUCCAGCGCAACGGCCGGGGGCGGCUGGAGCUGGCGCUGUGCAUGCUGCCGGGGCUGCCCGACACGGCGUUCGAGCUCACCGAGACGGAGUCUCUCAAGCUGGAGGCCAUCUGCGACGUGACCUUCCCUCCCGGCCUCUCCCAGCUGGUCCACCUGGAGGAGCUCAGCCUGCUGCACUCGCCCGCCAAGCUGCCCUUCUCGUCCUUCGUCUUCCUGAGGGACAGGCUGAAGGUGGUGCGGGUCAAGUGCGAGGAGCUGCGCGAAGUGCCCCUGUGGGUGUUCGGGCUGCGGAGCCUGGAGGAGCUCCACCUGGAGGGCCUCUUCCCGCCGGAGCUGGCCCGGGCCGCCAACCUGGAGAGCCUCAAAGAGCUGAAGCUCCUCAAGUGCCUGUCCCUGAGAAGCAACGCGGGCAAGAUGCCCCCCAGCGUGACGGACGUGGCCGGCCACCUGCAGCGGCUCAGCCUCCACAACGACGGCGCCAGGCUGCUCACCCUCAACGGGCUCAAGAAGCUCACGGCGCUGCGGGAGCUCGAGCUGGUGGGCUGCGGCCUCGAGAGGAUCCCCCACGCCGUCUUCAGCCUGACGGCGCUCCAGGAGCUGGACCUGAAGGACAACCACCUGCGCUCCAUCGAGGAGAUCCUGAGCUUCCAGCACUGCCGCAAACUGGCCACCCUCAAGCUGUGGCACAACCAGAUCGCCUACGUCCCCGAGCACGUGCGCAAGCUCCGGAGCCUGGAGCAGCUCUACCUGAGCCACAACAAGCUGGAGAGCCUGCCGCCCCAGCUCUGCUUCUGCGCCGGCCUGCGCCUGCUCGACGUCUCCCACAACGGCCUGCGCGCCCUGCCCCCCGAGGUGGGCCUCCUCCAGAACCUGCAGCACCUCGCCGCCUCCUACAACGCCCUCGAGGGACUCCCCGACGAGCUCUUCUUCUGCCAGAAGCUGCGGACGCUGCUGCUGGGCUACAACCAUCUGAGCCAGCUCUCGCCCCGAGUGGCCGCUCUGCGGGCCCUCGGCCGCCUCGAACUCAAGGGCAACCGGCUGGAGGCUCUGCCCGAAGAACUGGGCAGCUGCGGGGGGCUCAAAAAAUCGGGGCUGCUGGUAGAGGAAGCCCUGUACGAGGGAUUGCCUGCCGAAGUGCGGGAGAAAAUGGAGGAGGAGUAA